AAGCAGACAAGGUUAUGAUGCCUACCGGUGCGCUAGCUGCAAAGUGAAAAAUGUCCUUACCCACUACGGACAUCAUUUUGGAACACGCAGAGGAGAAGUGGCCAAAGAGGGAAAAUAGGAUAACACUCGCAAGAGGGAAAUUUUCUUCUUCUAUUAUCCAAGUCCCAUUAUGCCAGCUCCCUCUUCUCUCUCUCCAAACCCCACUCUCCAGUGUAUUCUUCCGCUUCCACUCGCUCUCCCUGUCCUUCUAGCCUCUCGCACCACCUUCCUCCUCCUCCUCCUCUUCCUCUGCCUCUUUUGCGACCUGCUUCUGUCAACAUGUCUGUGACUGUGUUUGCCGAUUAAAUUCAUGCUCUGAGGAAAGGGAGGGAGGGGAGAGAACAAUGACCAACUAUGCGUUUCUGAACGAUCAGCUGUCUACUCACACCUCGAUUUUUGGGUUGCGACUCUGGGUCGUGCUGGGCAUAUGCGUAGGAGCAGCCAUAGUCCUUGUUCUGUUUCUCAUAUCUCUCUGGUUCACCAAGCGCAACAACCAUGCUUCCAACCUCAACUCUUCACACAAUCCCAUCAUUCCGAAUGUCUCUAAGGAGAUCCAGGAAAUCAGGAUUGAUCCUUCGCGCGACCCGGCUCAUGGAAGGUCCGACUCGUGUCUGGAAGCAGAGGCUGAGGUGGAUAGGGCCCAGGCCGUGCUUGUUCAGCAGCAGGGCGAUGAUAGCCAGAGAAUUCACAUAGAGAUUGGCAAAGAUCACCGGAUUUCGUAUCCUGAGAAGGUUGGUGGCUCAUCGCAUGGAAGUGGUGAGCAGGGUUCGAUUUCUGUGCCUGAGGUUUCGCAUUUGGGGUGGGGCCACUGGUACACUCUCAGAGAGCUCGAGGUCUCUACCAAUGGAUUUGCGGAUGAGAACGUCAUAGGUGAAGGUGGCUACGGAAUUGUUUAUCGCGGUGUGUUGGAAGAUGAUACCAAAGUUGCGGUUAAAAAUUUGCUCAACAACAGGGGACAAGCUGAGAAGGAAUUUAAGGUAGAAGUUGAAGCAAUUGGACGUGUUCGGCACAAAAAUUUGGUGAGGUUACUUGGAUAUUGUGUUGAAGGAGCCCAUCGGAUGCUUGUGUACGAGUAUGUUGGGCCUUCCAGCCCUCUUUCGUGGGAAAUUCGCAUGAAUAUAAUACUUGGAACUGCAAAAGGGUUGACAUACCUUCAUGAGGGACUUGAACCUAAGGUGGUUCACCGUGAUAUCAAGUCAAGCAACAUAUUGCUUGAUAAGCAAUGGAAUCCAAAAGUCUCUGAUUUUGGCCUUGCAAAGCUCUUGGGAUCAGAGAGAAGUUAUGUGACAACCCGUGUGAUGGGAACAUUCGGGUAUGUAGCUCCAGAAUAUGCAAGUACUGGCAUGUUAAACGAAAGAAGUGAUGUAUACAGCUUCGGUGUUCUUCUCAUGGAGAUAAUUUCUGGAAGAAACCCAGUAGAUUACAGCAGGCCUCCUGGAGAGGUGAACCUUGUUGAGUGGCUGAAGUCCAUGGUUGCUAACCGAAAUGCAGAGGCAGUGCUCGAUCCUAGGCUACCCGAGAAGCCUUCUUCUAGGGCACUGAAGCGUGCCUUAUUAGUAGCCUUGAGAUGUGUGGAUCCAAAUGCCCAGAAAAGACCAAAGAUGGGGCAUAUUAUACAUAUGCUUGAAGCUGAUGAGUUCCCUUUUCGAGAUGACCGAAGAACGGGAAGGGAAAAUGGACGCUCCCAGCGGAUGAGCACAAGAGAUGAGUUGAAGGAUAAGCGAGUAUGUGAAUCAGGUGACAGUAGUGGAUAUGAAAGCAGUGUCCAAACUAGCAAGUCUAUGGGCAGAAACCAAGAAACCGAAGGCCAAUAGCAAUACUGGAGUUGAUGAAUAAGGUGAAUUGACGCCGUCUUGUGUACCAAAUAGAGGUGGCUUGAACAUCAUUUACUUUCCUGUAUAUAUUAUUUGCGCAUGCGUGUCUGCUUUUAUUUGUAGAUUCUGCUGCAAUGCUUUUUUUGCCUCUAGGUAUAGACUAAUAUUUCGAGACAUUCCAGUUCCUUUGAUGUGUUGUCUAAAUGUUGUAGGGAACAAAAUUCUUUUAUUACCUUAUUAGACAUGUGAUUUCCUUUA